AUGGCAAAUUUGGUCAAUUUGCAGUUUUUGGACAUGGCAGACAAUCAUUUCAUCGGUAACAUUCUUGCUGAUAUUGGGAGGCUACAAAAGCUACAAAAAUUGGAUCUCUCAGGUAAUAAAUUCUAUGGGAAAAUUCCAUUGUCUUUGAAAAAUUUGACUUCACUAGCGUAUCUUUAUUUAGGAGUAAAUAAUUUGCAUGGCAAUAUUCCUUCAAGUCUGGGAAAAUGCCCUCUUGUAGAUCUGGCUCUUGGUUGGAAUAAUCUUAGUGGUACCAUACCCAAACAAGUUCUAACUCUCUCAUCAUUAUUGAACUUGUACCUACAUGACAACCAUUUGGUUGGGUCCAUACAACUAGAAAUUGGGAAUUUAAUAAAUCUUGAACAAUUGGAUGUUUCUAGGAAUAUGUUGUCCGGAAAAAUUCCAAGCACUCUUGGUAGUUGUGUUAAAUUGAGAUUUCUAUAUAUACAGAGCAAUAAUUUCUCGGGAACUCUUCCUUCAUCUUUAAGUUAUUUGAGAGCCUUCAAGAUUGUUUCGUCCAACACGGGGGCUCUGACAGGGGAUCCCCUUUCGCCAUACUUGUUCACUAUUUGUGCGGAAGGGAUGUCGGCGCUUCUCACACAUGCUAUGGCAAAUAACCAGUUGUUGGGGAUUUCUCUUUGUCGCAGUAGCCCACGAUUAUCGCAUUUGUCUUUUGCUGAUGAUAGUCUUCUGUUUGCGGCUGCCACUGAAGAUGAAGCGGGGGUGUUGCGAGAUGUCCUUCAAAUAUAUGAGCAAGCAUCGGGGCAGAAAAUUAAUUUCCAAAAAUCUACUGUUUGUUUCAGCAAAAAUACGGACUUGGUUACCCAGCAGGUCACAUCAAUUCUUGGGGUGGGUUCUAUGGCGACGUACGGGAAGUACUUGGGGUUACCGUAUUGUGUGGGCCACUCUAAACGAUCCGUUUUGGGGUUUGUCAAAGAGCGAGUAUGGCAUCGUUUGAAUGGGUGGAAGGAGAAAUUACUAUCCGUUGUGGGUCGCGAGGUCCUUAUUAAGUCUGUUGCUCAAGCACUCCCUACUUACAUUAUGUCCUGUUUUUGA